AUGACACAGUGGGAUGCCAUAGCCAGUGACAUACUGCGUGAGCAUGCUACCAAGGUAGCUGUCUGCUGCAUAGCACUGAGCAUGGUGUUCUGGCUUGCCUCCCAAAUGAAGAAGUCUUAUUGCGUGCGGCGGCAGUCAGUGCCAGCUGCGUGUGGCAAGGGGCCGCGCAACCGAUCCAGCAAGCACACACACUGGACACGAAGGUUGCCGGGGAAAUAUACAUCUUUGAGCUGGGGCAUGGCAGUCACCGCAGCAUGCUUGGGUGCCAGCGCAAAACAAAUAGAUUUCCUGUUUGCGGUCAAUCUCUUCACCUGUGUCUUUGCAUGCCAAGCGCAACGUGCUCUAGCCAGUGCACGACUGCGCAGUGGGUGGGUGAGGAAAGCACGUCGGGUGGGCAAAGCUCGGGUGAAAGCAAGGCGGCAACCAGGAUCGCCACGAAGUAGACUGCAAAUAUUGAUUGCAGCCAUCUUCUUGUUCUCACCAGCCAGUUGGGUAUGUGUGGAAGGCGCUAGCCAGGGCAACAUCGCAGCAGCGCAACCAGUGAGGAACGCAUGGGCAACGUCUCGGAAACUUAGAAACCAGUUGAUGCGUGCAAUGCAUGGCAACACGAUGAAGAAAGCGAACCGACGACAAGCAGAAGAGUCCACACCCAGCCAAUGCAUAGACGCGAGUGCCGGCAGCAAUCCCGUCCUUAGCAAGAAAGCCAGAGUUGCAGACGGAGUGGAUGCCGCCUCCUCGCUUCGAGCACAACCUAGCAACCCGAGUUUCCAGAAAGAAGUGGAGGAGGAUGAGGACCGGAAACUGGCCGUCCGUUCGUGGUCGAUACCCGAAGCUGCAAAGUUAUACUUGCAAGCCUUAGAAUGGAUGUGUAAGCAAAAGAAUGGACCCAGAGCAGAUGAGGUUGCGAUUGCCAGUGUGCCGUUUGAUGACCGAGAAGCAGGCCUUCACCUGGGGUUCCUUCAGCAAGCAGAGCAGUUGGAGGCGGCAGAAGGUUUGACAGCUGCCGAAAUCGUGCUUUGGAGUAAGGUGGUGGCUGUUUUGGAAAAGCCACGCAUGUUAGAUUCCAUUCACCAUGGCUCAGUGGUGGAAUUGUGGGCACUCACACAAGCCUUUGACUUUCACUGUCUCAUUUGGAGCCAAGAAGAUAACAAAAACAUUUGGAUCCGGGAGAUGGCCUACAUCACCGAUGCAGAAACACAACAGAAGUUGCAAGAACAUUCCAAUGUCUUAGAACUUUUCCACCGAAACACUGGCAUCACCGGGCACUAUGACCUCGUCCAACGCGCGGAAGCAUUGCGCGAACCAUUCCCUGAAACACCAUCGUUGGAAACGUGGAGAACAGAGAGUGCAGAAGCAGUGUUGUGUCUUGCUGCAGAAAGCCUCCGAAACCCAGUGGAAGUGUCACCCAUGUCGCUGCAUAGUCAGUCAUCGCACGUUGAAGAUCAGAGUGCAGUGUGCGAAAAUCAUGCCGCAGAGGAAGGAGAGCAGCCAACGGCAGGGUCAUCCGGGCAACCGCAGCGGACCAGCCGCACCACUGCGGCGGAAUCGGAUGCAACAACGUGUCAGCCAAAUCGGUCGCAGCAGGUGCAUGACACAACUGAAGCCGGCAAAGAGGCAGCCACUGGUGUCUGGGAAGGGCAUGACGACGCAGAGGCGUCGGAGGGUGCAGCAACCGACCUGGAUUCUGAAAGCGUGCUUUCCUGGGAUUCAAACCUAUCCGAGACCACAGAAGAGGCAGAAGUCGAAGUCACCGUGGACUCGACAAAGACAUGGGUCACUGUCGAAGAUCGUGACCAAGAACGCAUUCGACGCACAGCAUUCCAUCUGCGACAACAUCCUCUGCUGCCAUCUCCAGCCGCGAUGACGGAAUUCUCCACCAUGCAGCCUAAUAGUGGUCUCGUAUACCCAGCCGUCCAUUGUGCUUUUGAGAGAUGCGGGUGGGCAUCCGACACACAACCGUGCCACCCGCACUGGUCAAAGGAAAAGGUGUGGAACAUGAAAGCAACAACAUGGGCACACACUACCUUGCAGUGCUGUGGAAACGGGAAGGUGUGUUUGUGGGCACACCUCGAUGAGUGUCAUGCUGAACACUUUACGAACAUACCCCGUGAACUUGUGGCUUCAACAUACACAGCUGCAGUGCUAGAAAGGGAACGUGGGCAGGUCCCACAAGUUGGCUGGAGCGUCGAUCGGCGCACACUGCGUCGAUUACAAGUGGAUUUGGACGACAACACUUGCCAAGCAUUGAUUUGCGCCUGUUGCGCCCGAGUGAGUCCAGGAGGCAUGGGAGGGGAGAUUGCCUACAUAUCUGUCAAGCAGUUAUUCAAUGCACUGACCCCAGAAGCGGUCAAAGCAAACUGGAACUUGGAAAGAUACAUGACGCAAUAUGCUACGUUGGCUGCUGUGACCAAUCGUUUCGAAGCACACGAGUGGACGCGAACACUGCCAGCAACCAUCUGCAACGGGAUGCGACUCAUCUGCUGCCCAGAAGAUGUCCGCUGCGGACUUUGCGCCGAGAAUGCGCUGCAACUGUGUGAGGCUUGUGAACUGCCAUUGUGUCGCAAGUGCCUCGAACACAUGUGUAAACAGGACGCUGGUGCAGUGCCAGAAGCCCUUGCAAACGACAAUUGGUUUGGAUACCCAACAGAGUUGUUGUACACCUACAGAGUGCGUUGGAUAGAAGCGGCAGCUGCUUCUCCGGUCUGGACUUCCGUCAUCAAUUACUACCUGGAAGCCGACCGAGGCAACUUGAUAGAAGAGCACUUGCAGCGGCCCGAACACAGAACCGCAAUCCGAGGCAAUGUGUCUUCCUUUAGCAUUCCAUGGGAAGAGGUGCUCGCCGCAUUGGCCCCCGAGACCCGACAGAACAACUCUUGGGAAAGGUUGCCUCACCCGCCACAUGUCCUCCAAGCUAUUGUCAAAGUCAAUGUGAAGGGCAUGUUAUACAAUGAGGCAAUCGAGUGGGUAGCAGGAGCACGCAUCCGACCCUGGGUCGUCACUGCACUCUUACAUCACCUCAUCGACAUACAACAUCCAAUGUGUGCGUCGGACUUGUCGGCAGAGGAAGCAAAAACAGCAGUGACGCAACGUGUGACCUGGACCUAUGGGGUGGACGAAACAAGGCCGCUAGUCGACUUGAACGAAACUUCUGCACCGACUGGGACAUCAAGCGGCGCGCACCCCUGCGCACGACGCCAGAGCAGCGCUCAGGCAGCAGUUAAUGUGAAAUCAGAAGCAACGAGUGCAAAUAACGAGACCGAGGCCCCAACCAUGAGCGGCCAGAGCUCGUUUCAGCCAGCGUCUGUGGAGCAACAUUUCAAGUCUUCUCUUGCGAAAACUGCAUCCCGAAAGAUCGUUUCCCACCUGCACUCCGAAGAGACAACCCAAGUGUACAGCAAAACGGCUCCACAGCAGACAAGCCACAGCGAUGCGAACGCAACCUUGCACAACAUGCUAACCCAGAGCAUGUGCCAGAUGGUAGCAGAGAGAAAAGAUCAGGGCAGCCCUCAGAUGACAGCUGAAGGCAUAGCAGACUCGACCUCGUCGCAGAAGGAAGAAGUGACAGUGUCAGCACCUAGCCACGGCAAGUUUCCAUUUCUACAUGUAAAGCCUGAGCGGGAUGCCUCGCCGGGCGACGACCCAUCAUCGCAGGUGACAAGCCAGAGCAGCGCUCAGGCAACCACAUCAGACAAAAGCCACGAAAAGACCACAUCGGCUCGUCCGAGCCAUGCUAAUUUUUUUUUUCCUGCCAGUGCAGACGUAAGCCAGCCGCGGCCGCAGAAGCAUGCAACACCCGAGUCAGUCGCAGACACAGCUUUGAAUGGCGAAUCCUUCGUAGCCAGUGUGAGACCCAAUGUACUGUCACAAGAUUACACGGGUGCAGAGUGGAAAGACCCCGACGUCGACAUGUUGCUGCAAUUAGGCAAUGCGACUGACACACUCACUAUUCGAACCGGGCACAACUUCUGGGACCAGUGGCAGAAUGACUUUCUCCCCUGGGCUUUUCCCUUCAGCCUCCCCGCACCCGUCAGUGGUCCGGACUUUCCCCACAAAGAGCGACCACGGAGGCCCGCAGAUGCGCCGCACUUGCAACCCUUGGCACACUUGAAACUUCUGGCCGGACGCAUUGAGAGUUCAAUUCGCAACUCAUGGGAUCUGAUUCCCGGGCUGCGACGAUUGACAUUCAAAUGGCACUCGGUGUGGCACGGCUCCCUGUGGCGGAAAUGGAAGUCACAACGGCAAGCCCUUGCACCGGCACCUAUGCUCAAGUGGGUCCAAGCGGCUCGUGGCCUCUACAACAAGCUGAGAUCCGGCACAUAUAGCACUGCAGGUGGGAAGCCCAAACCCAUACACUUUGACACCCGCAAACUCCCCUAUGCCCGCGGCCUCACAGCCGACGAAAAGGAAUUGCUCCAGGACGUGAAAGGCAUGCAAGGCCAUAUGCCUGGAACGAUUGAAGUACGACGUCGGAUUGGACGUUUCCUCUUCGGGGCCAGGGUUGAGAUGGGAGAACCCCUCUUCAUCACCAUAUCUCCCACAACCCGUCAUAACACCUUGUGCAUCAAAUUCAGCCGCUAUCGUGCCGCAGAUCCUGGCGGAGCCGCCGAAGGAGCGCGCGAGCGCCCGAAGCUAUGGGAGACGGCAGAGGCGACCAUCGACGUGCCGCCAUACGACACUCGCAGACAGCUGACUGCGAGGGAUCCGUGGGCCGUCGUUCUCAGCUUCCAAACCGUGGUGCGGUGCAUCUUCGCCAAACUGCUCGGCAUCCGCAUGUGUUUUCGUUGCCCAGCAUGCGAUUGCCGCGAUGCACGCGGACACGGGUGUCACGUGACGGGGGGCAUCCUUGGCAUUGCUAGCGGCCUAUGCGGGGCAAUCGAAUACCAAGCCAAUUCCACACCGCAUUUCCAUUGCAACGUGUACAUCGCGUCCAUUUGGCAACAAUCUUUGAGUGAACUUGCAGCCAAACUGAAUGACAGCACCAUCACAUUCGAGGACGUGCAACAAUUCUUGACAUGGGCACACUCCGAAUCCCAUCUUGACCUAGCAAGCCAUACGCAACAGCAAGACCACCUUGAAGCAGACUGGGCCCAGAACAACUGCAAAGCAAGCCACGAUUUUUUGUGUCAGUGGCCCAAAUUCCUUGCUGAGGACACAGCGGCCAGUCCAUGGUUGAACGCAGUGGAACCCAAGCAGGCAUUGGCCGACGCAAGUCGUUUCAUCCACCACUACCGUCGAGCAGCACAGAGCAAGAUCAGCCAUCAGCAGCUUCACUGGCAUCUGUGGAACGUCACGCAGAAGUGUCGGUUGCCAAUCGCCGGUUGCAGAAAGAAGGGGGCGCCAAAUAAGUGUAAGCACAAUUUUCCAAAAGUGCUGAACGACAAGGUUCGAGUAAUUUGCAGAGGGAACGCACGAAAAUUUGUGCAGAGCACUGCCGGGCGGCGGAAUGCAUUAGGCAUGGUAUUAGACAAAAGAGACGAUCCUUGGUUGUCAGGCACCAUGCAUGCAUUCGCCCUCAUGUUAUUUGGCACCUCCCACACCGCCAUAAAUUUCCGGGUGCCUUUAUCGGCGAACACCCACGACACCGACUGCACCCGAGGCUGCUUGGCAAAGAACAUGCUCCCAAAACUGCAAAGGGCGAUGGCGCAAGCAGCCCGCCGGUCCACCAGAUAUUUCACCGGCUAUUUGCAGAAGCCGCAGCCGCUCGGAAGAAAAGAAUUGCAACAAGCGGCCAAGCAAUUGCAUUUCCUGGAAGAAGCAGCUGCCAAAGAGGACCCUGCAGCACACUACCGCAAAGUUGUGCAUAGAGUCUUCGGGGAUCUCGAAUUUCGUUGCUCAGUGCGCCCAGUCACAGAAGAGUUUAUGCUUGCGGGCUUCAGCAACAUGACCGAUCCCACCUCCGCCGAGUGCAUCCGCACUUUCCCCGUAGUCCCGUUUGUCGGAAUCGAGUGGGUUGGUAUAUUAGACCAUGUCACAGAUAUUCGUCAUAAAGUGGAACCCCCCAACCCGCACAAGAGUACAUUGAAGUCCUCCGAAGUAUACGGGUGGCGGGGAACCGACGAGCGAGUGUUUCACUUGUCUCCGUGGGAGUUUAUCAAAUGGUGGAGUCUAAAAAAAUUACAGCCGCCCACCAAAAAUGCAACUGAAGACGGACAAGGGCUCAGUGUUUGGGUGAGGAAGGACGGCACCGACAGGAAACCGGUGGAUGGCUGGCAAUAUGGCCGUGAUUACAUUUGGAAACAUCCCUUGCCAAAUAGCCGAGCCGUCAACCUUGUCCGACUACCGCAGUGCAAUGGAUGCAGUCGAGUACAGGAAUACUAUCUCGAAAGACGGACCGAACCGCUGAUUCCAUAUCCGACAACCUGUCCGUUGCCGAAGCCCGACAUGUCCAAGGAUGCACAGGCGAGGCUCCUCAAUGUCUAUCUGAGGCCCUGGACACUUGAUCCGAAAAGUGCUACCCCCCAUGUCCCGCACAUCAGUGCUUUAGACUUAGAGAUAAGAAGUAAUAGUCUUAACCCGAGUACGCGCUUGCGGACGAAGACAGCACCUGGUCCAAGGAGUCACCAUUUAGCAUGGAGAACAUAUAUCCAGCAGCACGUUGUGUCUGAACAUGCAGCUCGCACUAUUCGAAACUUUCUGUCCGCAACGGAGUGUGAUCCAGAAGAAGUCGACCUGGCCGAAACACCAGCCCAGCCAACAGACCAUGAAGUGGAUACGACCUGGGUAACUUCUGACACCAUCAAUAAACUUGUCCGAGGUGUGGGCUUCGAAUAUUCGAAACGGUCAGGUCCAGCGGUACGCCGCAUAGUUGAGGAAUGGGAAGCUACUCCGCAGGUUGAUGCAAUAAACUCUUGGUUCGUAAACAGUGGAAUAACUGACACAAAGCUUGCUCAUAGUCAAAGGAAACGGCAGCAACCGACGCCGUUGCCGGAGACUGAACCCCUGAGCUGGACCUACGGCAGGUUGACGCCAGAGUCUGCCACAGCAUGGCUGCAGCGUCUCGCAGAGCAGGGCUCGGUGGCAGUCGAUUCAGCCGCAGGCAGUGCAGAGCAGCGCUCAGCCAGUGCAGAACCGCGCGCAGCAAAUGCGGAGACGCGGUCAGCAUGUAAACCCACAGUCGAACAACUGAAAUUCCUGCGUGCUGUCGUCGACCGCUGCCUCACAGAGGCUCAAGAAUAA